AUGCAGUCCCAUGUACCCAAAAAGCCGAGCAAAAAGAAGCGGAAGCGUGAGAGGGAGCUGCAGCAGGAGCAGGGGCAAGAGGAUCAGCAGGAAAAAGUGAAUGCUUCCACAGAUCCAAGGCACGAAGCUGAAGAUAGUGCUGAGGAAUCAAAGGAGGAACCUCCGGAGCCCAAGAGGAUCAAACUGGACGCACGACAAUCCUACAAUCUACAACAACAAUCCGCCGGGAACGGUCUCGACCGUCGAGUCGACUACAGGAACGGAAAUCAACUCCCCAAGGAUAUGCAAAAGUACUGGUACCAGCGGUAUCGAUAUUUCCGGCUGUAUGACCAAGGGAUCAAGAUGGACAAGGAAGGGUGGUACUCAGUCACGCCGGAAAAGAUUGCGGCCCACAUUGCAGAGCGGUGUGCGAGCGAUGUGAUUAUCGAUGCGUUCUGUGGAGUCGGCGGGAAUGCAAUUCAGUUUGCGCUAACGUGUCACCGGGUGAUUGCGAUCGAUAUCGACCCGGUCAGGCUGAUGUGUGCUAAGAAUAAUGCGAGGGUCUAUGGGGUCGAGGAUCGGAUUGAGUUUAUCUGUGGAGACUACAUGACCCUGAUUCCGAAGCUCAAGGCGGACGUUGUCUUCUUGAGUCCGCCAUGGGGAGUAGGUCCAGGAUAUCUAGCACAGGAUGAGUUUGACAUCAAGCAGGAUAUCCCCAUGGAUGGGGAAUUUCUGUUCAAUGAGACUUGCAAGAUCACGAACAACAUUGCGUACUUCUUACCACGGAAUUCGAAUGCGGAACAGAUCGGUCGCCUUGCUGGCCCGGGCGGUAGUUGUGAGAUCGAAAAGAACGUCCUCAACGACGUCUGCAAAGCAUGGACAGCGUAUUUCGGGGAACUAGCUGUUGUACCCGAGGAGAUCGAGAAUGACGAGGAGUACAAUGAGGAUCAGGGGCACUAUAUUGGUGAAUAUGGCACGGAAGGAUACGUGGAGGAACAUGCGGAGACGUAUUAG